ACUAAUCGUCGUAUAGAGUCGAAACGUGAAAGUGACGGCCCAAUAGAGGAAUAAUAAAAAGAGACACCGACAAUGGACUGUCUGAACCGGACAGGCAAUGACCAUACCUUGGGUUCCAAGAUAAAUGGGUCUGCCUUCAUUCAUUGCGAUUUCCCAAAAACAAAAAGAAAGAACGAUGAUAAGAAAUGGCAGAUUCAGAGCUCCGACUAAUCACCCCGCCUCCGUCGCUCCUUCCGGCCGCCGAUUCCUCCAUUUUCCGGCGAGGUGUUCGCCGCCGGAGAUCAGCCAUUACACGGUUCUUGGGCUGACCCCUCUCGCCACCAAAUCUGACGUCAAGCGGGCGUACAAACGUCUCGCUCUAAAGGUCUCGUCUUCUCCGUUUCGUUUCCUUCUCUACCAUCCAGACGUGCACAAGGGGCCUGAGAACAACUUCAAGGAGAUUAAAUCCGCUUAUGAGAGUUUGAUGCAAAAGUUGGAAGAAGAAGAAGAAGAAAUCAGAGAGGAUUUUGACGAAUACGAAGAGUGGGAAGAGUGGAUGGGAUUCGAAGGAGGGGUUCCGGUCUUACACGGACCCUUUUAAUCUCUUAUGAUUAAUAAUAUUUGAUUUUCAUAAAAAAAAAAUAUUUGAUUUCGGUUGUUUUUUCCAUAUAAUAAAAGUAUAUCAUUCACUAAUGAAAAAUCUCCAAUAAUUCUCCAAAUUAUUAGCGUCUGAUAUUAAUUAUUUAUUUUAGAUAUUUAUAUUCAUUAAACAAUAUGAAAAGGAGCCUUGCAUAACAGUGGAAUGUUGCUUUUAUAUUGUGCGCCAUACUGUCAUGGCCAUAUUAAUCAAAUAAAAUAAAAAUACCAAUGACCUUCAAAUGAAACAUACCAAAAGUACCAUUAAUCGUGGAUAGGAUCUGGACCACUCGGAACAUCUCUAGUCAAUCCGAAAUCCGAUGUAGAAAGCCUCGAGGAUCCUUGAAUAUAUUGAUCAUGGAUUGGAUCUGGACCACUCGGAACAUCUCUAGUCAAUCCAAAAUCCGAUGUAGAAAGCCUCGGAAAUCCUUGAAUAUAUUGAUCAUGAAUCGGAUCUGAAUCGCUUGGAACAUCUCUAUUCAAUCCGAAGUCAUGUUUAGAAAGGGUUGAAGGCACUUCACAA